AUGUUAAUAAUAUUUUUCAGGGCCUCAGUCUCUUUUUUCCCAAGUUUCUAAGACGCGUCGCUCGUCAAUCUUUCUCGCUGUUUCUCUGCUCGCUGCCGUCUGCACAGUUGCCUCGUCCUGCUCCUCGACUUCCUCCUCCUCCUCCUCGACUUCCUCCUGUGCAAUGACGUCUCUGCUUCGCUCUAUCACCGUCCCAGCCACCAGCACGCACACGGCAACGGUUGUCAUUCUGCAUGGCCUUGGCGACACUGGCCGGGGCUGGGCGCCGUUCUGCAAGGAGCUCUCGCUGCCUCACAUCAAGUUCAUCUGCCCGCAUGCUCCGAUUGCGCCCGUCACCUUGAACGGCGGUUUCCGCAUGCCCAGCUGGUACGACCUGUACGACCUUGAAGACCACUCUCGCGAAGAUGAGGCUGGCGUUAUCGCUGCUUCGGAAUCCGUCAAGCGUCUGAUUGAUGCGGAAAUCGAUGCUGGAAUCCCUGCCAACCGUAUCGUGUUGGGAGGCUUCUCCCAAGGUGGCGCCCUCGCGCUGUACACGGGUCUCACCUACCAGAAGCGUCUGGCCGGUAUUGUCGCCAUGAGCACCUAUCUGCCGCUGCGCGCCCUCGUCCAGAAGACGAUUGUCCAGAAGGACAUCCCCAUCUUCCAGGCCCAUGGUGACUGCGACACCGUCCUCCCAAUCAGCCUCGGCCGCAUGAGCCACGAAAUCCUCGGCGAUCUUGGCCUCCCCAUCACCUUCAAGGAGUACGAUGGCAUGAUGCACUCUGCCUGCACCCAGGAGGUGCUCGAUGUGCGCCAGUUCCUCCAGUCCCACAUUCCCGCGUAAUCGGCACGAGAGGAAGCGAAGAAUUCAUGUGAAAAAAAAAACCAUCCAUUCAAUUCAGGACACAUGAAGCCAUCAACUCGGCUCAGUUGGAAUGCUCCGUGAAAUACAAUCGACGUUCCACAUAACA